AUGGCCCUGAAAAAUCAUAGCAGGGUGUCUGAAUUUAUUUUUGGUGGACUUGCUCAGUCUCAAGAGCUAAGCUUGCUCUUACUUUUUUUCUUAUCUCUAGUUUAUACAACAACUGUGUUGGCCAAUGUUGCCAUCAUGGUCGUUGUGACCUGUGAGUCCCGCCUUCAUACUCCCAUGUACUUCCUGCUUCGCAACCUCUCCGUCUUGGACAUCUGCUUCUCCUCCAUCACUACCCCAAAGGUCCUCAUAGACCUCCUGUCAAAGAGAAAGACCAUCUCCUUCGAUGGCUGCAUCACACAGAUAUUUUUCUUCCACUUCCUCGGUGGAGCAGACAUUUUCUCUCUCUCUAUUAUGGCCUUUGACCGCUACAUGGCCAUCUCCAAGCCUUUGCACUAUGUGACCAUCAUGAGCAGGGAGAGAUGCACUGCCCUCAUUGUAGCCUCCUGGGUAGGGGGCUUUGUCCAUUCCAUUGUGCAGAUUGCCCUAUUACUCCCACUCCCCUUCUGUGGACCCAAUGUUGUAGAUGGGUUCUACUGCGAUGUCCCCCAAGUCCUUAAACUUGCCUGCGCUGAUACCUUUGUUCUUGAGCUCCUAAUGAUCUCCAACAAUGGUUUAGUCACGACCUUGUUUUUUGUCCUUCUUCUGGCAUCCUACACAGUGAUACUGAUGAUGCUGAGAUCACACACUGGAGAGGGCAGAAAGAAAGCCCUCUCCACCUGUACCUCCCAUAUCACCGUGGUGACCCUGCACUUUGUGCCCUGCAUUUAUGUGUAUGCCCGACCUUUCACUGCCCUUCCCAUGGACAGAGCUGUCUCUGUCACUUUUACUAUCAUCAUUCCUGUCCUCAACCCUCUCAUCUACACCCUGAGGAACCACGAGAUGAAGUCAUCCAUGAAGAGAUUGAAGAGAAAACUAACAUUUUUUGAAAAGGAAUAG